GUCUGACGCACUCGCUCGCUUCUAAACGCGCAGUGUGGGACUUCAGCAGUCGCCAAUGAUUCGCAGGAGCAAGAAACGGAGGCUGGAGAGGGAUCUGUUGCUACUUAGGAAACUAUGGCUACUGUAAAGAAGCGAAAAGCAGGAGUGUCGCCCGAGGAGAAGAAGUAACAAACCCACAUGGCAUCUCUACCCUUACCCCGACCCCUCUGCCUGCUCCGACCCCUCUGCCUGCUCCUCGUCUAGGCUCGGCUAUGGAUGCUUCAAACAACACUACCUCUUGGAACAUACUUCAGAGAGGGAUGGGACCGAGUUGGAGGAGGUGCCUGAGUUAUCAGAUCAUCGCUUCUCUCUUUCUAGGACGCUCAUUCUCUGCGAUUUUUGGCAACGCGUGUGUCAUCGCGGCCAUCGCCUUGGAAAGGAGUCUGCAGAACGUGGCCAAUUAUCUCAUAGGUUCCCUGGCUGUCACCGACCUGAUGGUGUCGGUGCUGGUGUUGCCCAUGGCCGCCCAAAACCAAGUACUGAACAAGUGGACUCUGGGGCAGGUAACGUGCGAUAUCUUUAUCUCCUUGGACGUGUUGUGUUGCACUUCGUCUAUUUUGCACCUGUGCGCUAUAGCGCUGGACCGCUACUGGGCGAUCACCGACCCCAUCGACUACGUGAAUAAGCGAACUCCCCGGCGAGCCGCUGUGCUCAUCAGUAUAACGUGGAUUGUAGGUUUUUCAAUCUCUAUACCCCCCAUGCUCGGCUGGAGGACCCCAGAAGACAGGUCCGACCCCAACGCGUGCAGAAUCAGCGAAGACCCCGGCUACACCAUUUACUCCACUUUUGGGGCGUUUUACAUCCCGCUGAUCCUCAUGCUGGUGCUGUACGGGAAGAUAUUCAAGGCAGCCCGCUUCAGGAUCCGAAAAACUGUCAAGAAAGCGGAAAAAAAGAAAGUCGCCGACACCUGCUUGUCGGUGUCCCAGCAAUCGCCGAAAGAAAAGCAACGGGGAGCCCAGCAAGAACUGGAAGAGGUCGGUGGAGCCCAAGCCCAGCGUUGCGUGAAUGGGGCAAUAAGACACGGGGAGGAGGGGGCUGUGCUGGAGAUUAUUGAGGUGCACCAUUAUGUCAACUCUAAAUGCCACCUGCACUGCAAACCAUGACCACCACCUCAGUUGCCCCCUAAAAACGACAGAGCGACUGAAGCAAAAAGGAAAGUGGCUUUGGCCAGGGAACGUAAAACGGUCAAGACGUUAGGUAUAAUAAUGGGCACGUUCAUCCUGUGCUGGUUGCCCUUCUUCAUAGUUGCCCUUGUUUUGCCUUUCUGUGAAACCUGCCACAUGCCACACUUGUUGUUCGACAUCAUCAACUGGCUGGGCUACUCCAACUCCCUGCUCAACCCCAUCAUCUACGCUUACUUUAAUAAGGAUUUCCAAAGUGCUUUUAAGAAAAUCAUCAAGUGCAAAUUCUGUAGACAGUGA